CUACCUUACCCUUUAUACUGGAAUUUUUUUGGUUGAAGGUAAGAGCGCUUUUUUGCCACCGGCGGCUGUUGUUGGUGUUUGCUUUGAUCACUUUGGCGAAGCUCCAAGCCCAUUUUUUGCACCUCUUCGUACCUGGGCAAUUCGACAUCAUCCUGAGAUUCAUUUGGACAGGUUUUCUGUAUGAGAUGAAAUUGUUUUGUUUAUGUGUAUGAGUUGAAACUUCAUUGAUAGUGAUUGUUUGUAAUGGACUCAUCAUAUUUCACUUCUCGUGUUACCCUACUUGGCCUCCUCUCUAUUACUACCUUAUACUGCUUCUAUAAGUCCCGCAGUUUGAAGCUCGCUUCCAAAAAUCUUGCUUUAUUGGCUCGCAAUCCGAAGCUUAUCUACAUCACACAAACCGGCACUUCCAAAACCCUGGCUUAUCGCCUUCACAAGUUGCUUGCAUCUAAAGGUCUCAUCUUUGAUCUCAUUGAUGUCAAAGAUUAUGAGCCGGAAGACAUUGCAAAAGAAAACCUUGUUGUGAUUGUGACUUCAACUUGGGAAGAUGGCAAGCCGCCGCCUAAAGCUAAGUUUUUUGUUGACUGGAUAGAGGAGAGCGUGAAUGAUUUUAGAGUUGGAGCACUCUUGCUCAGUAAGUGUAAGUUUGCAGUUUUUGGUGUUGGUAGUGGAGCAUAUGGGGAGAGUUUCAAUGUGGUGGCAAGAGGGAUUUCAAAAAAAAUGAAGGCAUUGGGAGCAAAUGAGGUAGUCCCACUGUGGGAGGGUGAUGUAGAUUGUGGUGGAUUAGGGAAACAGAUUGAUGUUUGGGGUGACAAGUUGAGCAGGGUUUUGAAAAGUAAAGUUCAGGAAACUAGGGUGAUUGGUUGUGGGAAAUUAGAUGAUGAGAAUGGAUCAGAGUGUGCUGAUAUGUCUGAUGACGAAGAGGAAGAAGAAAUUGAUGAAGACAUAGGGGUUGUUGAUCUGGAGGAUAUAGCUGGAAAGGGGCCGUCACGGAACUCAAGGAAUGUAGUGCAGGCUAAUGGAGUGAAAACUGAUGGAAAAAGAGAUAUGGUAACUCCUGUAAUCAGAGCAAAUCUAGAGAAACAAGGCUAUAAGAUAAUUGGUUCACAUAGUGGUGUGAAACUUUGUAGAUGGACCAAGUCACAACUUAGAGGCCGUGGAGGCUGUUACAAGCACUCAUUUUAUGGGAUUGAGAGUCAUAGAUGCAUGGAGGCAACACCAAGCCUAGCUUGUGCAAACAAGUGUGUUUUUUGUUGGAGGCAUCAUACUAAUCCUGUUGGGAAGAGCUGGCAAUGGAAAAUGGAUGAUCCCGUUGAGAUUGUCAACACUGCAAUAGACCUACACACGAAAAUGAUAAAGCAAAUGAAAGGAGUUCCAGGUGUGCAGGAGAAGCGAUUAUCAGAAGGUCUUUUACCCAGGCACUGUGCAUUGUCACUUGUAGGAGAACCUAUUAUGUAUCCUGAAAUUAACUCACUUGUAGAUGAAUUGCACCGGAGGAGAAUUUCUACCUUCCUUGUUACAAACGCCCAAUUCCCUGAAAAAAUUAAAAUGUUGAAACCAAUCACUCAGUUAUAUGUGAGUGUUGAUGCUGCAACAAAAGAGAGUUUAAAGGCAGUUGAUAGACCCUUAUUUGGAGACUUUUGGGAGCGCUUUGUGGAUUCAUUGACUGUUCUUAGAGACAAGCAUCAGCGCACUGUUUAUCGUUUGACUCUAGUUAAAGGUUGGAAUGCCGACGAUGUAGAUGGUUAUUUUAAGCUUGUUUCACUUGGGAGUCCCGACUUUAUUGAAAUCAAAGGCGUGACCUAUUGUGGAUCAACUGCAACAUCAAAGUUGACUAUGGAGAAUGUUCCGUGGCAUUCUGAUGUUAAAGCGUUUUCUGAAGCCGUGGCCCUGAAGAGUGAAGGCGAGUAUGAGGUUGCUUGUGAACAUGAGCACUCCUGCUGUGUCCUCUUGGCAAAGACUGAUAAAUUUAAGAUCGAUGGGCAAUGGUUCACAUGGAUAGACUAUGAAAAGUUUCAGGACCUGGUAGCUUCUGGUGAGCCUUUCAAGAGCAUAGAUUAUAUGGCCCCUACACCAUCUUGGGCUGUAUAUGGAGCUGCAGAAGGUGGAUUUGAUCCACAACAAGCGAGAUUCAGGAAAGAACGAAAUCACAAAUCAAGUCGUCAAUCUACAUGAUAUGGAUUUUCUUUAAAUUCAAGUACGAGUUAGUAUUCUGUUUCUUGAUCCCCCAACAACCGCGUAAUGGAAAAGAGCAACUUUUGUUUUCUCAAGAUGGCGAGGUUAGGUCAUUCCCAGGACUUCCAUUUUUGAGGUAGUUAAGUUGACAGAUAGGUAACACAGGUUACAAUAACAUCUUCUAUGGCCUUCAUUAGAGAACUACAGGUAUUUUGGUUUUUGGAGGACAACGUUUUUUAAUUAAAUAUUUCUUCCUUGUUUUUUUUACAAGGAAAAUAAAAUAUGAAUUUUGUCACUUUGCUUCCUUUAACGGUCCGUUUGGUAAUCGGUAUUAAAUUGUGGGAACAGUAAUAAAGAAUUAGUGUAAUUUUGGUAGAAAUAUUUCUUGACAAGUUUAGUGAUCAUUAUUACACUACUUAAAGAAUCUCAUUUUCUUUACAAAAUUCAUUCCAAUAUUACUAUUUAAA